ACUCCCCCCGUCAAAUCCACGCGAACAUCGCCACGCCAAGGGAGAGGAGAGCUCGGAAAGCACCGCCAGCGCCGCAGCCCCCCGCGAAUCCGCGCCCGGAUCUCCCGGCCCGGCGGCGAUGGCGCUCUCCGACCUCUCCCGCGACUCGCUCCUCCCCAGCUUCCUCUACUCCUCGCGCUCCUUCGCCGCCGCCGCCCCGCGCUUCCCCUCCUCCCCGUCGCCCUACCAGGCGCCCGCCUCGCCCGCCGCGGCCCCGGCUGCUGGCCUCGUCGGCGCUGGCGGGGUCGGGGGCGGCAGGCCCUUCUCGAUCCGCGCGCCCAACGAGAAGAUCGUCAUGUACUCGCCGGCCUUCUACGCCGCCUGCACCGCCGGGGGGAUCGCCAGCUGCGGCCUCACCCACAUGGCCGUCACCCCGCUCGACCUCGUCAAGUGCAACAUGCAGAUUGACCCGGCCAAAUACAAGAGCAUCACAUCUGGAUUUGGUGUUCUGUUUAAGGAGCAAGGAGCUAGGGGAUUCUUCAGGGGAUGGGUGCCUACGUUGCUUGGUUACAGUGCUCAGGGGGCUUGCAAGUUUGGGUUCUACGAGUUCUUUAAGAAGACCUACUCAGAUAUGGCUGGGCCUGAGAAUGCCGUGAAGUACAAGACCCUGAUUUACCUUGCAGGUUCAGCUUCUGCUGAGGUAAUUGCUGAUAUUGCUCUGUGCCCCUUUGAAGCUGUCAAGGUCCGUGUGCAGACACAGCCUGGAUUUGCUCGUGGGUUGAGUGACGGGCUUCCCAAGUUCAUCAAAGCUGAGGGUGCUGCUGGGCUCUAUAAGGGCAUCGUUCCACUCUGGGGUCGCCAGAUUCCUUACACCAUGAUGAAGUUUGCCUCCUUUGAGACCAUUGUUGAGCUUAUCUACAAGCACGCUGUUCCUGUUCCCAAGGCCGAGUGCAGCAAGUCUUCCCAGUUGGGUAUCAGCUUUGCUGGUGGCUACAUUGCCGGUGUCUUCUGUGCUAUUGUUUCUCACCCUGCUGACAACCUGGUCUCUUUCCUCAACAAUGCCAAGGGUGCUACAGUGGGUGAUGCUGUUAACAAGAUUGGCAUGUUGGGCCUUUUCACAAGAGGGCUACCCCUUCGUAUAGUCAUGAUUGGUACUCUUACCGGUGCUCAGUGGGGAAUCUAUGACGCGUUCAAGGUCAUGGUUGGACUCCCGACCACCGGCGGUGCUCCACCAGUUGCUCCGGUAGAGGAAGCAGCGAAAGCCAGCGCUUGAUUGAUUUUUCCUACUACGACGAUGACGAUGUAUUCCGGGAUGAUGUGGUAUUGGUGGAUGGGGACUGUAUCAAUUACUUGAGUUUAGCAACCGAAAUCUUUUGUUAUUGUAGCAGAUGGUUAUUGUGUCAUCAUUUUGAUGAGAGGAACUCAUUAAGCAGGCGAAAUAGGCCUUUUUUGUCCCCGGGAAGUUUGAUGCUUGACAUAAUAAGUCUUAGGACAGCAAGGCUGUUAGAGCGCAGGUUUUGCCAUCACCUGUACUGAGGAACUCCCAUAUACUCCUGUUUACCUCCAAUUCCAUGCUGUUGUUAUCGUGGCA